AUGCUGCAAGGCAGUGUGAAGGUCUUCGCCUCGGGUCAAGGCCGGAGCUCGACUUCAGGGACUGGACCCGAGAAACCUCAGAGACCCGAGACUUUCAGGCUUCAGAUGCAAUUCUUUGACGGCCGGGUGCGGCAGCAUUUGCAUGCCUUGUUGGGAAAUGGUGGAAGGCAGCGGCUGAAAGCUGCCCUGACCAUGGUUCACACGUGCACCCUUCACGAGACGAGACAGGAUGUGAAGAAUUGGCCAGCUUAUCUCCUGACGUUGCUCAAAGGUUUUGACUCGGACAUUUCUCAUCAGGAGAAGCAAUUGAGUGGCGCGCGCGGUGGAAGGACGAGGAGAAGGAAGUGCUUCGUCAGGCGUUGGAGGAGAUGCAGGAGGAUGGAAGAACUCAAAGGUGGAGUUUCUCCUCAAGAGGACAGACAGGAUGCCUCGAAAGCUCUCACAAGUUGA